AUGAACUUGCGUGUCGUUUUGGUGUUAUUGUGGUCCGUAUUGGCUGUGCUCGCCGAGGGAGAUCGCGACGAUGACCGAGGCAGCCUCGAAGCCGACAGCACCAGAACUUGCGGGGCUAUCAAGAACUUGAAGGUAGAAGGGUACAAUAAAUCCCUGCACAUCGCCGCCAUCUUUAUCGUGUUUGGGGUGUCGAUUGUCGGUAGUUUGUUUCCAGUCUUUAGUGCGUACGUGACAUGCCUUCGGAAAGCCCGGUCGGUCCUCACGCUGCUCAAUUCGUUUGGGUUUGGCGUCGUCAUCGCCACCGCGUUCAUCCACAUGAUUCCGCCAGCUAUCGACACGCUGAACCACCCUUGUUUGGACGUGAAGUACUCUGGUUUAGCCGUGGCCAUUGUCGUAGGCACUGUGUUUCUCAUGCAAGUGCUGGAAACGGAAUUGGUGCUGCUCUUGGACGAGCCGCAACUGGACCGCGACAGUGCCGUGGCCAUUCUCAAGUCCCACCGCGGCUCCACCACCCUCAGCAUGUUGGCAGUGCAGUUGACCGACGACCCCCCCCUUCACAACCAACCCCACGCCCACCACCACCACCAUCACACACCUUCCCAUCAAACCCAUCACUCCCCCGAGCACGACAUCAGCACCACCUCCACCCACAAAAGCGACAUGCGGAAAAAGAUCAACGUGCUCAUCUUUGAAAUCGGCGUCGCAGUUCAUUCGGUGAUCGUCGGGGUCAACUUGGGGGUCGCGACUGGGCCCAGCUUUUCGGCGUUGUUGGUCGCGAUUUCAUUCCACCAGUUCUUCGAAGGAAUCGCCGUGGGCUCGUCGGCUGUGACGGCCUUCUCGAGCUUCCGGACGUCCGCCCUCACCGCGCUGGGGUUUUCCAUUACGACCCCCCUGGGUAUCGCCUUGGGGAUCGCCGUGAGCAGUUCGUACAGUGAAACGUCCGCGGCAUCGCUGUGGACCCGAGGGGUCUUGGACGCCGUCGCGGGCGGCAUUUUGGUGUACACGGGGCUAGUCGAGCUCUUGACGUACCACUACACCAUCAACCCCGAGUUCCACGCCAAGACUUCUUCAGCACGAUGGCUAAACUAUGCGUUCCUCUGGCUCGGGGCUAUGGCUAUGGCAAUUGUGGGCUACUGGGUGUAA